ACUUUAUAGAGGGUAAACAUUCAAACUAUCCGGGGGCCUAUAAAGUGUUGUGAUUUAAACACAAUCUAUUACACCUCAACAGGAAAUGUGAACGCUGGAAACCUGGAAAUUAAUAAAAUCGCUUUAAAAAUGUUAAGUUAGAAAUUAAUACAUUUUAAAUAUUAACUUUUUUUUUUUUUUUUGCAAUUAUAAUCUCUACAAAAUGUUAUGUAUGCAUGUUUCUAUUUAUUUAAGUUCAGUCAUGAUAAGCAUCUGGAAGGUCUUGGAACAUCAUUGUUCACAUUUGCACUUUCACGUCUGUGUGCAAUCAUGUUAUAAGAGUAAAUUAUGUAUUUGGAAAUUAUUUAUUAAGUUGUUCAAAAUACAUUAAAAAGCCAAACUGCAGAUCAUAUAAAUAUUCUCAUUAAAAAGCCAAAAAAGAGCAGGAAAUUUUUUGUUUUCAUGCAACAGAAAACCAGAAAACAAAGAUAACCCCCUUUAGACCCUGCAGGUAUGUGUCAAACGUAAAUGAGUUAAAAAUAGCACAUAUUUUGCCUUUUGGAGUAACCAUAAAAACGCAUUGGUUUGAAAUUAAAUUACAGUGUUUUUUAAAUUAUUAUUAGGCCUUUUAUUAGGCUAUUUUUACUGCAUGUGUAUAAGGUACAAGAAAAGUAUUUUCAUUCUUCUUCCUUGAUGGUUAAACCACUCAUUUGUCAUGGAUCCGUAAGCAUCAAUCACUAUUAAAACUAUUAAUUUAUUGUCAUCAAUAGACUUUUUCGCGUCUGCAAUACUAUUUCUGCUCUUCGUGCUGUGUGUAUUGCCCUUACAUGUUUAAGCUGACCAGACACAGAAACAUGUUUCACUACUCCACGGCUCCUAGUAAAGGCUGCGACCUUUCGCCCAGAUCCGGACUCUCAGUUCAGCGAGUUUACACUGACACUGUUGACUCCCUCCACACGCCCACCGGAGCCACGCACCCCCGCUCCGCCAAUCGCGCGCCUAUCACGCACUGAUCACGCGUCGGCCUUCACACCAUUGGUCAAGGUCUCACACACAUUUGUUUUUCAUUGGUGGCGUGUUGCCACCCGCCAGACUGUUGUGAAUUUUGUUUUCUUUUUUUUCUCUCUCUCUCUGGGGCUUGUUUUACUCAGCUGCUGGUAAAGGCGAACUGAAUUCCGGUGCGAGUCGCGUCACUGAACGGGCGGAGCAGCUCCGUGUCUUUGUUCUGCUCUACUUUUCAUUUAGUUAUUUUCAUACGUUUUGAGCAGAUGUCAACACGUCAGUUUUCUAACAUGGAGGAAUUAUGUGGGGGAGCUCGGAUGGAGGUCUGUGAGGAUUUCCUGGAAGUGAAAAAGCACAGUGAGCACUCUUCAUGCAGUGUUCUGGAAUACAAUGAUCUUGAGGCUGCUGAAGCUCUGGUCUAUAUGAGCUUCUGGAGUCAGAUGUCUCCAAAACCCAAUGCCUUCAAACCUCGCCCUCUCACGCCAGCGUCAGACUCCUGCGAUUCUCUCCUGCACCCCGAACCGCCGGAGACCCCGAAGGACUUUGUCUCGCUCUCUUCACUGUGCAUGACCCCACCACACAGCCCCAGCUUUACCGACACCUCCAACACCACAUCAAUGCCAGCCCCCCCCUCCCCGCUGGCUCGGCCCUGUCCCAGCCUCCCCAGUCCGAGAUCUGCAUGCCCUACCAUGGCCUCCAUCACACAGAUGCCCUCUUCUGGGCACCCCACAGAAAAGACCACACCCCCACCUUGCAGAGCAAUGGCAACCAGCGUAAUACGCCACACAGCUGACAGCUCUUUAUAUCAGAACAUUCCACAAGCUGUCCACCCACAAAAGACUGAGAAAGUUCCUUCGUCCCGCCAACCCGAGACCGAAACCCCUACAGGAGGCACGUGCCAAAACAGCAGCAGACUUCCUUCUAAGUCUGAUAAGCCUUCCAUUACACCAUCUCCUCAGUCGCCACCCCCAACCUCCAGUCCGCCAAUCAUAUGCCAGAUGUUCCCGGUGGCCCAACCUGGAGUCAUCUCAGCCACGUUUAUUCAGAAGCCCAGCCCAGGGGUGAAGUCUAUCUUACCACAGCCGCUCCUGAUGGGCUCGCCAGUGCCUCAGGGGACGGUGAUGUUCGUGAUGCCGCAGUCCCCGGUGUCUUCAGCUCCACAGUGCCAACAGACUGUUAUGACCCUAGGCAACACCAAGCUCCUGCCUCUGGCUCCCGCACCUGUAUACGUGCCUUCGGGACAGAGCAGCGCCACACAGGUCGACUUUUCCCGCAGGCGUAACUACGUCUGCAAUUUCCCAGGCUGUCGGAAGACCUAUUUCAAAAGUUCUCACCUAAAGGCGCAUCUCAGAACCCACACAGGAGAGAAACCUUUUAGCUGCAACUGGGAAGGAUGCGAUAAGAAAUUCGCUCGAUCCGACGAGCUCUCCCGGCAUCGGCGAACACACACGGGUGAGAAGAAGUUUGUCUGUCCGGUGUGUGACCGACGGUUUAUGCGCAGCGACCACCUCACCAAGCACGCACGGCGACACAUGACCACCAAGAAGAUCCCAUCCUGGCAAACAGAGGUGCGGAACCUCAACAAGGUCACCGCAGCCAAGGCCCUGCCCACUGGCACAGCACUACCGGUCAGCAUGUUGCUGCCAGCCUCGAACUGAUUUUCUUUGAGACUGAACUCUGGACACUCACCGAUGUUAUGCAGGGACUCACUUUAUGAGGGCAAGGCUGCCGAUUCUCUCAUGGGCAAAACGUGAUUAUGCACUGGACUCCUGUCUUCUUUGCUGCACAUAUUUCGCACUCUGCAAUGGAACAUUUUGUUUACUAUUGUGAAAAAGAUUAUGCACUCUUUUGCCAAAGUCUUUGUACUAUGUUUGUCUUAAAAUUUCUUCCUUUUUCUUUGUUUUUGUAUACAUUUAUAUGUACAUAUCUAGUGGAAAUUUAUGCUUAACUACACAAAAUUUGAAAAAGGAAAAUAUGUAAAAAUGUAUAUGUGGAUAAUUAUCUACACUGUGAUUAUCAUAUAAUACUUUUAUUUAAUAUCCUUUUUUAUUAAACUAUGACGAUUAAA